AUGAACGUCGAGGAUGUGGAUAUUGUCAACGCAGAGCGAGAUUCUGAUCCAGUGCGCUUCCGAAGCUAUGACCCCUCCAACGACAUCAGUGCCAGAUAUGAGGAGAUGCGCCCCAGACAUCAAUCAGCAGCACGGCCGGGCGCUGCAGGACCAGAAGCAGUAGAAGAAGCAGAGGAGAGAGAAGCUUCCGUCUCGUCAAGGUCAUCACUCGACAAUGACGGCAACACAAUCCCGUCUACACGCCGUCCAUCCAAUGCCACGUCAGCGGCGCACAGGCUGUCUACAAGAAGAGAAAGCGAGAUUGGGCAUUACCUGGACCGUCAUCCCACAGCGAUCCAACGAAUCACCGAGCAUCGCCUGCAGCACAUCCAGACCGUGGGAAGCAGGAAGCCCUAUCAAGCGGAGGAUUUUGAGUUGCCAUCUUUUGGAGGCAACAAGCCAUUUCCCCCACCUCUCCCCGACAGAGAAGAAUACGUUGUCGAGUUUGACGGCCACGAAGAUCUCCGUCAUGCCCAGAACUGGCCGACAAAGAAGAAGCUCAUCAUCUCAGCUAUUCUAAUCUUCGACUCGCUCGCCGCGACUCUUGCAUCGUCAAUCUUCUCGCCUGCGAGUACCUACGUUGGCGCAGAAUUUCAGAUAGGUCGCGAGGUGGUCACUUUGGCGACAUCGUUGUUCGUCUUGGGUAGGUCAUAA